AUGAGUAGCGUUGACGGUAUGGGGUUUGCGGAGCAAUCGGUUUCGCCGCCAGCGAUGGAUCAGGAGAGCGGGAAUGGGGUCAAUAGCGGCGACGGCGAAAGACAGCGUAGACAUAUUGUCACGGAAGCAUCAGAUGAUGAAGGGGAGGUUAGGAGGUUGCAGGAGAUGCCGAGCGUGUCGGCCGGGGCGCUGGAGAUCGACGGUUCGCACCGUAGUCGCCAGGAGUUGGAGGAGAAGCUGGACCGAAUCGUGAAGAAGCCCAAGGCAAGAAGAAGUAGAAGGGAUGAAGAGGAUUUGGAGCAGUAUUUGGACGAGAAGAUCCUGAGACUGAAGGAUGAGAUGAAUAUAGCGGCGCAAAUGGACAUCGAAACGCUUAAUAGGAGGAUAGAGACGGGGGACAACUCGCUGAUUGUCAUGCAGAAGGUAAAGCUGUUGCCGAAAGUGGUGAAUGUGCUGUCGAAGGCGAACUUGGCGGACACAAUCCUGGACAACAAUCUGCUGCAGAGUGUGAGGAUCUGGUUGGAGCCGUUGCCGGACGGAUCGUUGCCCUCGUUCGAGAUUCAGAAGUCGCUGUUUGCAGCGCUGGAGAAGCUGCCCAUCAAGACUGAGCACCUCAAGGAGAGCGGGCUGGGCAGGGUGGUCAUCUUUUACACGAAAUCGAAGAGAGUGGAGCCGCAAUUGGCUAGGCUAGCGGACAGAAUCAUCGCAGAAUGGACAAGGCCCAUCAUAGGGGCGUCGGAUAACUACAGGGACAAGAGAAUCAUGCAGUUGGAGUUUGACGUGGAGAAAUCGAGAAGGAAGGCCGCUCUCGAUACGGCCAAGGUAAGAAAGAAGAAGUCGGGCAAGCGCGCGUCCCCGGGCGGCUCCUCUGCUCAGUCACUGUAUGAGCAGGCUGCCGCUAGACGGAAUAGGGCGGCUGCCCCUGCUCAAACGACCACCGAUUACAAAUACGCGCCCGUGAGCAACCUGGGCUCGGUGUCCGGUACGGCCAGAACCGCUGGUGUCGGUUCCACCCUGAAUAAUAGCGAAAUGUAUAAGAGGUUGACCUCUAGGCUUAACAAGACCAAGAGGACCAAGUAA